AUGAAAAUGAGUAUGGCAGGUCUAAUAAUGCUUUUAUUUUAUAUAUUACAGAUCUUACUCAAAUAUACUAAUGCAAGGAUUGGUGGUAGUAACUUACAAGUAAUUUGUCCAUAUGAGAUAAAGCCAGUAUGUGGGUCUAACGGCGUGACAUAUAGAAAUAUUUGUUAUCUAAGCUUGGUAAGAUACUUUGAUGACUCAGUUGCACUACUUCAUCCAGGUAUUUGUAAUCUAAGAAUGCCAAUGAAAUUUGGCUCACUUGAUUUUAUUUUAAGUUCAAAUAACAACACAAUAAUUAUGUUUAAUAAUACUUUAGAAAAUUAUGAUGAAGUGAAUUCUUUUGUUGAAGAGAAUAGAUCUAUAUUUACUUCAGAGACACCUUGUCUUUUCAGAAUUAUGAGUGAUAAACUUGUAUUGAAGUACUUACCUAGGAAAGCUGUUAUUGAAAUAAACAUAGAAAGAGAUACAAAAAGUAAAGACUGUAUCCAUGUUUUGACAAAUGAACUGAAUAUAUUAUGUGCGAGUGAUGGCAAAACUUACAUUAAUAUUUGUGAAUUUGAAAAUGCUAAGUGUAAAGAUGAAGAUUUAUCUAUUCUGCAUAUGGGAGAGUGUAGUUCCGAAGCACUAUAUGAUCCAUUUAGAAAUCUACUAGGUCCAUUUGAUCGUAUAAGAGGUCCUGAUUGUAUUAGGCCAUGUACUAGGGAAUUUAAUCCUAUUUGUGGUAAUGAUGGUAAUACUUACCCUAAUCCUUGUUCAUUUAGAAAUGCACAAUGUGAAAACGAACAAUUAGAAUUUUUAUAUUGGGGAACCUGUAGUAAUAAUAUAGCUAAUAUAGCUAAUAUAGCUAAUACAACUAAUACAACUAAUAAAACUAAAACUAAUAUAGCUAAUACAACUAAUACAACUAAUAUAACUGAUACAACUAAUACAACUAAUACAACUAAUACAACUAAUAUAACUGAUACAACUAAUACAACUAAUACAACUAAUACAACUAAUACAACUAAUACAACUAAUACAACUAAUACAACUAAUAUAACUAAUACAACUAAUAUAACUAAUACAACUGAAAUAAAUAAUCAAACUGAAUUAUAUAGAGAUCCACCAGGUCCAUUUGAUCGUGUAAGAGGUCCUGAUUGUGUAACACCAUUUAUUACAUUAGAUUUAAAUUAUAUAUGUGGUACUGAUGGAAAAACAUAUAGUAACCUUUCUGAAUUUAGAAAUGCACAAUGUGAAGAUGAACAAUUAGAAUUUUUAUAUUGGGGAAUCUGUAGUAAUAAUGUAGUUAAUAUAACUAAUACAACUAAAAUAAAUAAUCAAACUGAAUUAUAUAGAGAUCCACCAGGUCCAUUUGAUCGUAUAAGAGGUCCUGAUUGUAUUAAGCCAUGUACUGUGGAAUUUAAUCCUAUUUGUGGUAAUGAUGGUAAUACUUACCCUAAUCCUUGUUCAUUUAGAAAUGCACAAUGUGAAAAUGAACAAUUAGGAUUUUUAUAUUGGGGAAUUUGCAAUCAAAGUCUUUUUAAUAUAACGAAUACAACUCCUACAAUUUCCAUAGAUAAUAUUGAGAAUAUAAAUAAAACAUUAAUUAAUAAGUAA